AUGACUAAACGAGCAACACGGAAACAAAUAGCAACUUGUGUAUUUCUGAUACCAAAAUGUGACAACGGUAUGGAGAUUACACAUUUAAAGGAAUCUGCCAGAGAGGGUGAUUUUCUGUUCACCAGCUACUUUUCGCCAUUCAUGUUCAUUGCGACGGACGUCUUUGCGAAACGGACCCAACCCGAUCCGCGUUUCGCACCCGAUAGCGAUAGCAGCGAGUCGGCGUGCAUCAUGUGGACGCAGCUGUUGCUCCCGCUGUCGUAG